UCACCAAAAUUUCAACAAAUUUUCCCAUAAUACUUCCGGUUUCUCUUAACUUCUAAUUAUUCUAUCAAAAAAAUUCUUCCGGUUGCUGUUUGUGACGCGAAAAAUGGGGAAGUCAGUGGUUCUGAUGGUGUUAUGGCUAACGGCAAGUGCGACGGUGUGCCGGAGUUAUGGCGGGGUGGAGAGUGGCGUCGGGGACGUAAAAGCAAUGGCGAGGGAUGCGGCAGGGAAUAUGAAAAUGAAUGCCGAAGGUGCCAUAACCAACGUUGCGGAGGGUCUCGGUUUGAACCAGGAUGACAUGAAAGGGGCUGCUCAAAGUGCGGUGGAUAAAGCUGGCGAAGCUGCAUCAAGCAGCACAUCUGCAAUGAAUUCUGCUGCUUCUGCCCAUUUUCUUGCAGAAUCUUCAAAGUAUGUUUCUGAGAAGGCUGGUGAGGUCGGAAACUUGGCAUCUGAGAAGGCAGGUCAAGCCAUGGACAUGGCUGGUGAUGCAAAGGAGGCAAUGAAGAACAAGGCUGCCGAUACCUAUGAUAGUGCUGGUGAUGCUGAAGAUACUGGAAUGAGAGCAUAUGCCUACAUCUCUGAACUAGCACGCGAAGCCCUGAAGACGGUUCAAAAUUUGGCUGGUGGUGCUGGGCAGACAGCAGAAGAGAAAGGAAAUGAUGCUUAUGAUGCUGUAUCUGAGGGGGCUGGUCGAGCCAUGAACAUAGGUUCAGGCAUGGCCAAUAAAGCCAAAGAAACGGUGAAUGACAAGGCAUCUGAUGCCUAUGCAUAUGCCUCUGAUAAAACCGAUCAAGUCAUUCGAAUGCCCACAGACAAUAUCAAAGAGACUGUGGAAGGAGUGGUGUUGGAGGGUAAGGAUAAAGCAAAAGAUGCAUACAACUCUGCUAAAGACAUGGCUUCUGAGAAGGCUGGCGAGGCUAAAGAUAAGGCUUCCGAGAAGGCCGGAGAGGCUAAAGAUAAGGCUUCCGAGAAGGCCGGAGAGGCUAAAGAUAAGGCUUCCGAGAAGGCCGGAGAGGCUAAAGAUAAGGCUUCCGAGAAGGCCGGCGAGGCUAAAGAAAUGGCUUCAGAGAAGGCCGACAAGGCCAAAGAUAUGGCUUCAGAUCUGGCGGGCAAGGCUAAAGAUAUGGCUUCAGAGAAGGCUGGUGAGGCUAAAGAUUCUUUUGGAGAAGCGAUGUCUCAUGGAAAAGAUGAAGCACUUGAUGCCUAUGGUGCAGCAAAAGCUAAGGCUGAUGACUCUUAUGGGGCUGCAAAGGACUUGAUGAAUGAGCAGGCUCAGGAAAUUUAUGUGAUUGCCGAGGAAAAAGCAUCUGAUGCUAAAAAUCAAGCAGGUGAUGCUUAUGAUGCAGCUAAAGCUAAGGCCGAUGACACUUAUGGGGCUGCAAAAGACUCGAUGAUUGAGGCUAAGGAAAAAGCAUCGGAUGCUGCAGGGAAUAUAGGAGAAAUACUAAGAACAUAGAAGCUACAAGAAUCCCACAAAAAGGCCCUUCCUUGCUAUCACGGUGGUGUUGCUCCAUGAGGUUCUUUUUCCUCUUUGUUUCUCUCCUUGUAAGUAGGAUAUCCGUGUUAGAUUACCAUAGGUUCUUUGUUACACAAAUCUAAGUUAUACAUGAUGGUCUUCCCUGUUGGAACUCGGAAGUGUAAUAAGAUUAUUCUAGGUUGCGUUUGUAUCCUUAUGCCCCUAAUUAAUGGAGUUGGUUUAGUUUGUGUUCCUUGCGUUUAUAAGGUAUGAUUUGGUUUUCACAAUAAAAUGUUGCUUCUAUAAGACUUACUUUUAUUGCUUUCUCUUCCUAGAUAGUCUUGUAGGAUUAGGAAACAUGGCUUGAUUUAGUUGGUCCAUGAUAUCUUUGUAAAUUGGUAAGAUUAUUAGAAGCAACCCUUGACCGACUUCCCCAACCUGUCAAAACUAAAACGCUUGUUGGAAGACACCUUGGUGACAUUUGAAGAAACGAGAAAUGACUACAUUGUUCAUGUAUCAGUCGUUCGACACUCACCAACCAAGGUUGUGUACAUGUGUUUAUGCUUCUAUUGCUAUCUAAAAGUUAUUUCCUUCAUAUAUAUAUAUAUAUAUAUAUAUAUAUUGUCGGUUCUCUGACCAAAAGCUUAUAUUGUAUC